AACAAAACAAAUAGUUUGAAAAAUAUUUUUAAGUCAUUAGGAAAUUUAUUAUGUCAAGUUAGAUGCUUGUUGCCAGAGGUGGGAAAUACUUAGAGGUGGACCGAAGGGUGACGCGUGCCUGAUUGAGUUGCUACCAAAACAAACACGAUGGACAUUUAAAAAUGGACGGUUCUGCAUGUUUUCGCGAAAUUUAGUCAACCAGUGCUAUGAUUUGCUGUCUUCCGUCGUGGAAAUAGCACCCAAGGCACUGCUUUUUACUCCCAAGGCCCUUAGUCAACCGAAGGCACACCAUUCGUCAGUCCCCGUCGCCCAGAUUCUAAUAUGCCAGCAGCAUGGGUACAAAGGCACCAACCAAGCAGACAGCUGCUGAAGUGGCCUCUGAGGAGGCGGACGGGCGGCGGCAGCUGCGGCCUCGGGCGUGCGCGCAGUGCGGGGCGCGAUUCUCGUCGCCGCAGGAGUUGGAGGGGCACAAGUGUCCGGCCGUCGUCGGCCUAGGCAGCGGUGUCGCGCAGGGGGCUGUCGCUUCGGGGGGCUCUGCGGUUGGCGGGCGGCGAAAGACUCGCUCGGCGGUACGGGCCGAGGGGGGCACGCCGACGGCCAAGGCACACCAGUGUGGCCGCUGCGAGAAGGCCUUCAGCAGUCCGGGCAAGCUGUUCCAGCACAUGUAUUCGCACACGGGCGAGCGGCCGUUCGCCUGCAACGAGUGCUCCAAGGCCUUCUCCUCCAAGUUCAAGCUGAUGCGUCACCUCCUCAUCCACACCACCGAGCGGAAACACCAGUGUCAAUUCUGCGAGCGCAGCUUCCACCGCAAAGACCACCUCAAAAAUCACUCCAAGGUGCACAAUCCCGACAAGAAAGUGUACCGGUGCGACAAGGAAGGGUGCCGGAAAGAAUACAACUCCGUGCUGAGCUUUCGAAAGCACAUGGCUGUUCAUUCUGCCGAGGAAGGCGGACUGGAGUGCGCAAUGUGUGGCCGCUCUUUUGGCACCAGGGAGGAGAUCCUUUACCACCUCAAGGUGCACGCCGGCUCGCGCACCGUCAAGAGCCCCAGUGAGAAAAAAUUCCAGUGCGAGCAUUGCGAGCGACGUUUCUUCACACGCAAAGACGUCAAGAGACAUUUGGUGGUGCACACCGGCAAACGCGACUUCUUGUGCCAGUUCUGCCCGCAGCGUUUUGGCCGUAAGGAUCAUUUGGUGCGGCACAUCAAAAAGAGCCACGCAGGCCGCAAGCCAAAGCCGUCAGCGCAGCCUCAGGAGCAGGACUGGAGCCAGCCGGGUCCGUCAGGGCUGCAGCAGCGGCCGCGACGGCCCCGCAAGGAAGAGGAGCACCCUCCUGCCCCGGUGGUGGAAGAGGAGGAGGAGGAGGAAGAGGACGUGGUGCCGGUAGCCGAGCCGCAGCAGCAGUUUCCCUUCUACCCAGAGCUGGGCAUCAAGAUGGAGGAGGACGACGGCGUCGAGGACCUCUUCCGACUGGCCGAGCCAAACCAGCAGGGCCUCGAGGACCCGCUCACCCUGAUCGAGAGCCUCAGCGUGGACGAAAGCAGCAGACUGGUGCUGAUGGAGAACCAGCCGCGACCGCUGCCUGGCUUUAGCCAAGCUUUCCAACCGCAAGAGCCGCCUCCACCGCCCCCGCCCCCCAACCCCCCGCACUAGCAGAGGUGACCACAUUCCCAGAGCCACUCGCUUCUGCUGCCAACGCGCUGCAUUUCCUUCCCUGGGCGCCGCGGCUCGACUCUCACUUUUUCACAAAACAACUAUUUACAUUGGAUCAGUCCAAUUGUUCAAACGUCGCAAUUUGCCAAUAUUUGGCAUCGCCCAUAUCUCCCCAGCGGACCCUAACGCUUCAGCAACUUCCAUUGUGCACUCAAAAAUCAAACUGAUGAGUUCAAUUGAAAAUUUUCAUUUUGGAAGCAUUUUUUGCUGUCACUUUACCUCUCGCAUCAGGUCGGGAGGUCAUUUUAUGUAUGGAAGGUACUGAACGCGCGCCGAGUUCCCUGGAGAAGUAAUUUAGCACAGUAUAGGGAAGAGCAAUCUUUUCACAAACAGUGAUUUCCUUGCGAGUCAAGAAACUACCUCAGUCUCGUUCCACACGCAAUAGCAAUAUUUUUUGACCAAGAGUUGAGCCGCGUUCCCCCGUGGGUCAUCUGAACUUAUACACGUUAUUAAUAUAUAUUUUGAAUUGGCCAUUUUCAUAGAUUGUGAACGGUUAUUUUGUAAGGCGACGCUGAGUGGCUCUGCGCUGUUGGCCAAAUGCAGUUUGUCAGUUCCUGCUGUCGUUUUUUUAAUUGACGCGUAGUUUUUAGUGCUCGUCGCGACGAUGAUGAUGAUAAUAUUAUUAUGCUGAGUAAUAAUAAUGUAUUUUUGCGCUGUGUUCAAAUGGUGAUGCGAGGAUAAAAUAAUAAUUUGCGAUUUUUCGGCCUCUGAGAGGCCGCCCCCCUCACACGUACACACACUCAUACAUACAUACACACACAAGGUGAAGUAUAAACCUCGCGUUUAGCGAGGGUACGAAAAAAGCAAGUAAGAAGGAAAGGAAUGAAAAUCUACCUCGGCGAGGGUUCAAGUGCGGCCGCCAGUCCCGGCCUGGAGUACAAAAUAAUUAAGUUAUUAUUUUAUAAGUUAUUGAAUUGUGGGCCUGGCAGCCGCACUCUUUUGUGUACAUAAAUAAAAAUAAACGCGAGAGAAGUGUUAGCGGUAGGAAAUGCGUAAACAUUUAAAAGCGUAGUAGAUUUUUUCGUCGUUUUUUAUUUUAUUGUCGAGGCUAAUCUAAUUAUGUGGGAUGCAAAUGUGAUGAUGAUACACAACGUGCCUUUAUACACACACUUGAUUAUUAUUUUUCGAACUCCAUUUGUGAUGUAAAAGCCAUGCAUGUGCGCGCACGGCCGGCCGAGCGAAUACCCAGCGUAUUUUUGUACUUAGACCCACGCAAUUUUCCCAAAUUCAGAAAGAAAACAGAGGCCAAAUCAGCGUUUUGGCCCCAUGUCGAAAUUCUCAUUCGCGUCGGCAGGCCCUGUUUUGUUUUUACAAUUUCAUUUCAAUCUCUCUGUUAUUCGUUCGGUAAGGUUGAUUGCGUAUUUAAUCCUUCUUUUUUUAAUAAUCAAUAUUUCGUCUUAGCGAUUAGACACGUAUUUACUUUUAGCUGGUAAUAAUACUUCUUGUUGUGCAUGCAGCAUUCCUAAUCUUAAAAAAAAAUGUUUCGAAAUCGAUAGUGCUGAUGCAGAGAGGCGUUGCAAACGUCGAAGUCAAUUUUUGCUCCGAAAAAGAAAACGAAAGCAGUGCGCGAGUGGUCAGCAAAUUAAUCAACCUUUUAUACACGAUGUACUAAUAAUUAAACGACUAUACGAUAAGCCAGACGACGCAGACCGAAGCAGACGCGCGAAACUUGUUGUAUUUUUGUACGCCGCUCUUUUCCAGUUGGUAUAAAAAAAGCACACGCGAUGCACUUUGCUCGCGUGGCUCUCACACCCGUGCGAGAACCUCAAAAGAGUAGAAACAGUUUUUGGACAAAUUUACACGAAACAAUUGUCGUUGGGACGGAUAUUUUUGCGAACAAGAAUCGGGAGGGUUCGAUGCGCGCGUGACGGCGGCGGCCGUAGAUCUAUCUAUAUUCUGUGUACACAUUCACACACUUCUUAUAUACAUUGAUACAGUACCACAACGGUGUUCAUUGGUGUUUAUAGUUAACUCUCGAUGAGAUGGACGCGCGAUUAUUGUUCACGCGAGAGACGCGUUUGUGUGUGUAGCGAUUAAUUAUACAAAAACGAAGCGAACGCGUAACGGAACCACUAAACCAAGUGAGAAAAACGACAAAGGCAGUGAGCUGUGCAGAAGAAAUUUAUUUGUAUGUACAAGGCUUCAAACUAGUCAGCGCGCGUAUUACACUGCAUCACGGUUUUUCCAUAUAUAUUUCUCUCCUCACUUUUACUUUCGAGAUCCGAAAGAACUCUUCCUGGACGAAAUUUUAUAAUUAGUUCUGUCUCACACUCACUCCAUAUUUGAAAACUCACUGAAGCGAAAAAGAAUCGGAAAUCGGAUUUCAGGAAAAAUGGUGUAUCUUGCAUGAACGUUUUUAGCUGCGUAAGUUUUCUUUCUAGUAGAAGUACACACACACACACACAUACACAUACAUUUGAAACACAUACACGCAACAUUUAUAAUACACUUGACACUAUGUACAAUAAGAAUUAAGUAAGCAACUUGUCUUUGGUCACACAGAGGCGAAAAACAACCCAGGUGAUGAUGAACUCUGGUGAUGUUAGUUUUGUAAGUGCAUGCUCUUAUCAUUAUUAUUCUAAGUACGCUACGCAUUAGUACGAUUAUUGAUAAUAUAAUUACUAUUACCUUAUAUAUCCACAUGUCACAUACACUCUUGUAAAUCAUACACACAUACAUACUUAUAUAGUGCCAAACGAGCGUCGCUCGCCCCCGACCGAAAGCGCGGCGGGCGACGCAAACAAAGCUGCGAAAUCAAACUUCUUGUCGCAUUCUCGCAGAUUCCUUGUUCAAACCCAACCCCUUUGUUCCCCGCCACCCUAUCUUUGCAAAAACGAAAAACACCAACACACACAAAAGGAACAAGAGAGUGCAGACCCCAAAGGCCUUGCGUUCAAACUUGUGCCCUCUCAUCCCUUGUCCCAAUUUUGUACACCCUUCGCGGUUUUUUAGAUCUUUAGAGAAAGUGAACUCAGUUUGUGAUUCAGAUAUAUGAGAUAUAUAAAUAUAUUUUAUUCUCACACUUGUAAACAAAAUGCAAAUGUCAACAACUCACUUUGAUGUAAAUGCUCUUUUGGCGAAUAUCCAAAUCUCUCGGAAGCAGCUCUCUGGCCUUCAUUUUGCAAAAAUAAAUAUAAAUAACUUUUUGGAAGAAAAUUCAAACCAAGCAUCCGUGAAAAAGCACGUUUUGUGAUGAGACGCAUGAACAAAAGUGUGCCUAUAAACUGUGAAAUAGCUCUUUUCCAUUUUUACAAGAAUUGAAAUAAUGAUAAUGUAAUAAGCAAGUCCCAGCCAUAGACACUGCAUUCAUACGCAUUCACACUCUGCAUGAAAUAAUAAUGUAACCUCUGAAGCAGUACGUGGUACACGAAAGCAAGAAUCGAUGAGACGUAUACAAUUAAAAGAAAAGUAAACGAAAAAAAUUGUAAAUCGCGCUGCCUAGCAGUGCGUGUGCAUGUGAAAAAAGUGUGAAUACAUACACUCAUCCGCUAUGGAAUAAAAACAGAAAAUGUGAAAAUCUGGGAGAAUAAAAGAGUCCGCUGUAUUUUAUCACACAA